UCUCUGUAAAAUUCUAUGAAGAACGAGUAAAAACGACUGGUAACGUUGAAGAGAUAUAAAAAGUAAAACUGUAGCAGAAUAAAGCUGUUGGUGAUAUAGGCUAUGCUAACGCAAAGCAUAUUGAUAUAAAUAUCAGAUGCCAAAUUUAAAUGACAGACGGUCCCAUUCAUCAACAAGACGUUGAAAACGAUGAAACCUCGGUGCUUUGGCAUCAAUUUCUACAAACUUCCUCACUUCACGGAUUUCGUCAAAUAUUUGAAGGCGGUAGUGCAAAAAUUCGUCGCAUGUUGUGGUCGUUGAUUCUAGUCAUUGCUCUCAUAAUGGUUUGUGUUCAUAGUGACCGUAGCAUGAGGAAAUAUUUUGAUAGACCUGUUUCAACAAAUGUUCAUGUGGAGUUUGUUGAAGAGAUCGUAUUCCCAGCUGUAACUAUAUGCAACUUCAAUUUAUUUCCAUUUUAUCUGAUCAAUGGUACUGUUGGGGAAAAGAUAAUGUCAAUUCUAGCCCCUCAAAAUCAUAUUGAUCGACAGGACGAUGUUCUUUUCGCUAGAUCACCGAUACCAAAUUUCAAUCAAUACAAAAGAUCUUUUACUAUAAAGGAUGAAAUAAAUGACAGUAAUGUUGAAGACGUUGAUACAGAUAUUGAUGAUGUUGAUAGUAAACUGGAAUUUGAUCAGGCUUUUAACUUUGCUGACUUCGUCAAAACACAUGGACACAGAAUUGAUCAUAUGAUAAAGAAAUGCCACUGGAGAUCUGAAAGAUGUGGUCCGGAAAAUUUCACAGCAGUUAUAACAGAAUUUGGAUUGUGUUAUACCUUUAAUUCUGGAAAAGUCGGCCAUCGUAUUUUGAAAGUAAAUCGAGCUGGUGUAGACUUUGCGUUGAGGCUUCAGCUAAAUGUUCAGCAAGAUCAAUAUUAUGGCUCGCUGAGAGACUCUGCUGGUUUUAAAGUUAUGGUCCACGAUCAGGAGGAACCGGCGAUGAUCAACGAGUUAGGAUUUGCCAUCCAACCUGGAAGUCAUACAUUUUGUAGUUUGAAAAAAAUUGUUAUAAAUAAUUUACCAAAGCCUUACAAAGCGGCUUGCGAAGAUCUUGAGAUAUCUGGCUUUUCUAGAUACACUAAAUCAGCAUGUUUGCUUGUGUGUCGUGCAAAGUUCAUCAUUGCUAAAUGCAAAUGCAGUUCGUACGAUCUUCGUGGUCUUGAAGCCGACGAGUCUCCUUGUUUACCUCAACAAGUCAAAAACUGUGUUUGGCCGGCUAUGGAGGAAUUUCGGAACGAGACGAAUAACUGUGAAUGUCCUGUACCAUGUCAUAUCGCCAAGUUCCAGACUCAACUCUCGUAUGCACAAAUGCCAGCCAAACAUUUUUCUGAAGUUUUGGCAAGAAAGCGAAAUGUUCCCAAGCAUAUUAUGAGAAAUUAUUUGAGGGAUAAUUUUUUAAACUUCGAUAUUUAUUUCGAGGAAAUGAGCGUUGAGCAAAUAACUCAACGACCUGCAUACGACCAGGGAAGUCUUUUUGGUGACAUAGGUGGUCAGGUUGGACUGUUUCUUGGUGCUAGCAUAUUGACAAUGUUAGAAUUUAUUGAUUUAGUAUCAAGAAUUCUUGGUCGAAAACUUAAGAAAAGACUCCAUUCGACACACGAAGCUUAGCAAAGAUUGUACCACUGAACACAUGCUAUCCUGGAUGGAUGAAGACUGUAUAAAAACAAACAUUUUGUGGAUGUAAUAAGCAAAAUCUGCUUUUUGCUGUUUAUAUUAUGACUAUAUUCAUUGUAUUUUUUGUCACAACUUAUAUUGACAUGGAAAAAAUAUUCAAGAUUUUUAAUUGUGUAAUGGGUGCUAGAAACCGUAAAUAAAAUUGAGUUGAUAAUCUGA